AUGGUGAAAUUCUCAUCCGCAGCAGCCCUGCUGCUCAUCUUGCGGGCCGUCGCCGACCCCAAACCCCAAUACCAGCGCCUCCCUUCGCUCCGAGACCAAGCCGCUCUCCAAGAUGAAUGGACAGCCCAACGUAAAGCCUCCAUUCCGAGACUACUACAAAAGCACAAAAUAGACGCAUGGCUUAGACAGACGUCUAACCUCCCCGCUCACCCCCUCCAGAUCAGCCAGCGUGAAUACGCCGAAGACACAGUCUUUUGGACCCUCAAAUCGGCAACUCAGUUCUCCGCACGUCGCCGGACAACAAGCCUAUUCCUUGCAUCAACGCCCGACAAGUCUCCAACGGCAUAUACCUGGAUCGACAACACGCCCCGAGUAUGGGACGAGCUCAAAGCCCUCCUCGAGAAACACCAACCCUCCAGCAUCGCCAUCAAUGCUCAUCCCGAAAUCGCAUUCUCCAGCGGCCUCCACGCGGGUGAGUACAAAGCCAUUUCCACCGCGCUCGGCGAGAAAUGGACAUCUCGAUUCGUCGUCAAUCCCCUCCUAGGCGUAGAGUACAUCGGCACCCAAAUCCCCGCUCGCAUUUCCUGGUACCGCAAACUCCAGGAGACGGCGUGGGCCAUCAUAUCUGAGGGCUUCAGCUCGUCCGUCAUCACGCCCGGCAAAACCACCACGGCAGACGUAGAAUGGUGGAUGCGAGACAAGAUCCAGUCGCUAAACUACACGACCUGGUUCCAGCCCGAUGUGUCCAUCGUGUCGGAGGAUUCGCCCUGGCCGCAGGACAAGAAGGACGAGCGGGCCAUCCAACACGGGGAUUACCUGCAUGUUGAUUUUGGCGUCACGGCCAUGGGUAUGAACACCGACACGCAGCACUUGGCGUACGUGCUUUUCCCGGGACAAGCGGAGGACCAUGUCCCGCAGGGGCUGAAGGAUGGUUUGAAAAAGGGCAACAGGCUGCAGGACAUGACGAGGAAGCACAUGAAGCCCGGCACGACGGGGAAUCAGGUCCUCAAGGCGAUUAGGGAGGAGAUGGCCCAGGAGGGGCUCGAAGGCAAGAUUUACUGCCAUGCCAUUGGGGAUUGGGGGCAUUCUGCAGGUGCAGUAAUUGGUAAGAAGGCUUUCUUCAUUCUUUUUCUUUCUUUCUUCUCCCCCCCGCAGCCACUGACGGGAUUAGGAAUGACCAACUUACAAGACAGCGUCCCCCAUAUUGGAGACCUUCCUCUCCUAGACCACACUUGGUACAGCGUUGAACUCCUGGCGGAUCACUUUGUGCCGGAGCUCAACGCUUCUCUCAAAUUUCCACUUGAGGAAGAUGUUUACUGGGUUGAAGACGGCAAGGGGUCGGGAAGUUUUGAAUGGGUCUAUGGACAACAAACCAAAUUCCAUCUAAUCCAUACAACUGUGGGUGACAAAAACGGAGCCACAGAGGAGCUUUGA